AUGUCAGACUCUUGGCCGUACGUUUACAAGUUCGUGGCAGAUAUGGUGCAGAGGUUAUCGAAUCAGGAUCUGCGAGUGUCCAUCAUCACCUUCUCCUGUAAGGGCAACAUCAUCCUGCCCAUCACUGGAGACAGAGAAGAAAUCCUUAAGGGCAUUGAAAGACUGAAGUAUAGCAUACCUGCGGGACAUGAACUCAUUUACCUAGGACUGUGGAAGGCAAAUAAGCAGAUAAGAAAGGUCAACUCAGGAGAUGUCCAGCGUCCCAGCAUGAUCAUCUCCUUACUCAACAGUCCUCUGGGCGAUGACAUCUAUAAGUUUUCGAUGGAAGAGGCUGAUGAUGCUCGGAAAAUGGGAGUGUCUGUUUACUGUGUGGGUGUGGGCCACUCUGACAAAAAUCAGAUACUGGAAAUUGCAGGGAAACCAGAAAAUGCAUAUAUAGAAAAGAAAGCUGAAGACCUGAAUGACCUCAUUUUCCCUAUAGCUUCCAAGGCCUGUCCAUCUCUUCAAGCUUCAGAUACACGCAUUAUAUGUAUCAGAGAAUCAAAUCCAGUCAUACUUCGUGGAUAUGGCUUUGACUUUGCCAUGCGUAAAGAGGAGGUUAUUUGCAGGUUCCAUUUCCACGACAUAAAUAAAAGUUUCCAAGAUGUAAAAGCCAUCAAUUUAACCAAGACUACUGUUACUUGUCCUGGACCAAUCGUGGAAGAACCAGGAAAAGUGAUCUAUAUUCUACUCAGCUUGGACAAUGGAAGGAACUUCCUGAAUAACAACAAUGCAUUCGUUGCAAGCAAGCUAUGUGGCAAAGAACCAUUUACCACCACAACUACAACCACUAGGAGGCCCACAACUAAAACAACACGUACCACUACCACCAAGACAACAUCUACCACGACAACGACACCGGCAACCACAACUACACCUACCACAACCACAGUUACAGCAACCACUUCACUGAUGACCACUGAAAGUCCCACCACCAUCCCGCUGGUCACAGAGGAACUGAAGCCCAGCGGCGAUAUAUUCAUUUUUGCCCCAAUACUCUUGGGCCUGUUGCUGACUCUGUUGCUGAUUGGUUGUUUAUGGCAGCUGUGCUGCCUUCCGCCUGUCGAGGAGCCACCCCCACCUAAGCCCCAACCACAGCCCAGAAAGAAGCAACAGCCCCCUCCUCCAGUGUCUCCCCCAGCACCAGUGCCACCUGUAAAUCCGUCCCCCAUUGUGAUCGUCUGUUGCUGCACCUGUCGUGGCCUGACUGUGAGCAGAGACAUGGAGGACAACGUGACCGUGUGCAACUUCAACCCCCUAAGCUGUCACCAGUUGCCAUUGAUGUGGCCUCAUCCUAGUGACCAGGGGCGGUGUACCAACUUUGCCCUCCUGAAGGCCCUUCGUGCUCAUCGCUCCUGCAGUCCCAGGGUCAGCCUGCCACCGAGCCAAGAGUGUCUGCCUCUAGCUUCCUGCUCCCAGUACCACCAGUUCCCAGCCAGCUGCUCCAGGUUUCCGUCCAGGUUGCCAUCGGUCACCCCUCCUUCCUGGGUUCCUAGAGCCCGGAUGUCAAUGUACUGUACCUCUCAGAUGCCACAGAGCCAAGACUGA